CCAUCUACAGCAGAUAGAUCCAACACCUCUUUCCUCCUGCUCUGUCGCAUCCAUCCAUUAUCUGAUCCGUUCACCUCCACUCAUUCAUUCAUUCAUUCAUUCAUCCAUUCACCUCCAAGGGCGGUUCAAAGGUUGACGAGACCCGACGGACACAUGUUAUGCCUUGCGUAAACGCGACCCCCCCUCUUCGAUGCAUUUUUAUUCAUCUAUUUUUUAUCUUUGCGUCUGUUUCGCGCUCGGGGCCACUGACAUGAGGAGCUGAGACCGACGCCGACUCAAGGAUGAAAAUGCUCCGGUUUCGCAGCCCCAGCAUCCGCUCCUUGGACCAGGAGCUCCUCUGCACGAUCAGGUUACUGGAUGACUCUGAGAUCUCGUGCACCAUUCAGAAAGAGACCAGAGGCCAGUUCCUGUUGGACCAUGUGUGUAAUCAUUAUAACCUGCUGGAGAGGGACUACUUCGGUAUUCGAUACGUAGAUCCUGAUAAGCAAAGGCAUUGGCUGGAGCCCAAUAAGCCUGUGGUGAAGCAAAUGAAGUCAGCUCAGCAGCCAUACACCAUGUGCUUCCGCGUCAAGUUCUACCCCCAUGAGCCAAUGAAAAUUAAGGAGGAGCUCACCAGAUACCUCCUAUACCUCCAGCUGAAGAGAGACAUUUACCACGGCCGCCUCCUGUGUCCCUUUGCUGAGGCUGCAUAUUUGGGAGCCUGCAUCAUACAGGCUGAGCUCGGAGACUAUGACCCAGAGGAGCAUCCAUCAGACUACAUCAGAGACUUCAAGCUUUUCCCUAAACAGUCCCUCAAACUGGAGAGGAAGAUUAUGGAAAUACACAAAAAUGAGCUCAGGGGUCAAUGUGCAGCGAUGGCAGAGCUUAACAUGCUCCAAAGGGCACACAGUCUGGAAACAUAUGGAGUCGACCCCCAUCCAUGCAAGGACUUUACAGGCUCAACAGCCUUUCUGGGCUUCACAGCCACAGGGUUUGUGGUUUUCCAGGGAAACAAGAGGAUUCACCUCCUCAAAUGGGGAGACGUAAGCAAGCUGAAGUUUGAAGGGAAAACCUUUUAUGUCAUUGGAGUCCAGAAAGAGAUCUCCUUAACAGGCAGGAUUCACUGUAACAGGAUGUCUUCACUGAAAAAGCUGGUUUUGACAUUUCACACAUCGACUCCUGCUGCGUGUAAGCACCUAUGGAAGUGUGGGGUGGAGAACCAGGCCUUUUAUAAGUGUGCAAAGUCGAGUCAGAUAAAGACCGUCUCAAGCAGCAACAUCUUUUUCAAAGGCAGCAGGUUCAGAUACAGUGGAAGAGUAGCAAAAGAAGUGAUAGAAGCCAGCUCCAAGAUUCAGAGGGAACCGCCAGAAGUUCACAGAGCACAAUUUGGUCAGAGUCGAAGCUUUAACUCUCUGAGCCAUAAAAAUCUCAUCAUGAACAUGGAACCUCUGGUACCUGCACUGCCAUCCACCAAUGAAUACGAAGAGACAGCAGCAGACUCUGGCAUUGUAGCUGUUAAGGACCCAGCUCCCCUGUCUCCUCUCGAGCCCCCUGGGCCAGACACUGAUCAGCCAAGUGCAGAAAGAGGAAACUCCUCUUUGAUCAAUGAACCACAGCCUCACUGUGUUUCCCUGGAAACCUCAAACAUCCCACCCCAAACACCCAAAGCUGAAGACGGACUGGAGGAAGACGGCGAGGGCUGCUGUCCACUCACCAUCUCUGAACUUGCCUACAGCCCCUGCGCCAGUAUGCUCCCCACCCCAGUGGAGGACAGUCAGGGAGGGGUCAACCAGCUCUUCUUCUCUCCAGUCCAGAGUCCCGCUAGGUUGCUGAGGGAGCUCCACGCUGACCCUGACAUCCAAGCACAGCUGGAGGCUGAAAGGGAGCGAGACCGAGCAUAUGAACGCAGUCGCCUGGCCUCCAGAAGUGGAAUGAGCAGGGCCCUUGCCAGUAGCCUGCGCCUGCUUUCAUCCAACGAGAGAGUCAACACCUGGGUGCUGGGUGUAGCUAGGUUUGCUGCUGUGCUCAUGGGUGUCCUACUUAUCACUGUGCCCACACUGCUGCUGCUGCUAGAGUCGGACAUCGACGUGUCGUUCCUCCACGAGAUCAGGCAGACGCCAGAAUUCGAGCAGUUCCACUACGAGUAUUACUGCCCACUGCGACGCUGGAUUCUCUGUAAGAUCAGCAUGGCCUUGGAGAACCUGUGGUCUGACUGAGGAAGAGGGAGAUAGAAGAAAAGGAAUUAUAUUUCAGUUCAAAGAAUGAUGGAGCCAAAUGUCUGUCUAAACAGGUGGUUUAACUUCAGAUGUCUUAAUUCAUUUUAAUUAACCAGUUAGGUGAAGUUAACUGUCCUGUUCAAAAGUGUUUCCAACAAUUUGAAAAUAAUUCUAUUUCUUUGACCUGAUAGGUAGACUGAUUUACCUCCUAAGGUUAAACUUCAUUUAAGUAAUCAUCAUGAAGGUGGAUCACCUGAUAAGACUGACAUUUCUGGCAAGAAUUACCUGAGAAUAAAAAAGGAAAUCAUGAAGGGAAGCAGAAUGAAUAAUUUAUUUUAUUGGUUUUAUUUUUCUUUACAUUUGAAAAGCUUCUGCACUCCUGAUGCUGACAAGUGGAGACAGAGACUCACUAAUAACUCUGAUUGGUUUCAUCUUUUAAACCAGGUCACCUGAUUGGUUAUCAGGUCUGUCAGUGAUGAAGGAGUGGGUGGGAACUGAAAGAAAAAAAAAUACCAGUAAACACAACAACAACAACCGAUUCAUUAGAAAAUACAAAAUAAUACUGAAAAUUGCUACAAAUAUUAAAUAAGUUGUUUUUAAAGUUUUAUACGUUUUUAUGUGAUUCAGAUCUUUCAGGAAUUUUUCAGUCAGAAGAUCAACCUUGAGCUUAUUUUCAAAUUAAGAGUUUACAAAUGGUCACUAUAUAUAUAUAUAUUAAAAAAUAAAAGCUUAUUUACUCCAGUUUGUCAGAAUGGUGGGUUUUGAGAAAUUAUUUUUUUAAGACUACCAUCAACAGCUGUUUUCCUUGUGGUGGUGGAACUCUGGUUUUACUCCAGCAAAAGUUAGAGCACAAAACUUCAAGCUUCAUUUUUUAUCUUUUUUUUUUAUUUAGUUUUUUUGUUUGGAUUAUUUGAUGUCAUUAUGAAGGAAAGCGCGUAGAGAAAAACAAACCUGUGAUUAUAAAAUGUCUUUUGAGGGACCUUAACUGUUUUGUGAACUAAAUGUCAGUUCUAGGUUAGGAUCAUUAAUUUUAGCAAAUGCAGCAAAAAUAAAACCUAAAGGGAAAGGGAAAAUGUAGAAAGAAAAUAAUGUCAGAUUUGUCACCCGAGGAUUUGAAAGGUAUUACUUUAAAAAAAAAAGCUUUGCGUAUGUGUUGAUGGAAAGCAAAGAAGCAGAUAAAAGGAAAAUAAUUUAAGGAAACAAUCAUCAGGCUUUUAUUAUAGAUACAUGAAUGGAAAAGUGAGGAUUGUCAAUGGUUUGGUCAAAUGGUUCUCAUACUUUUAUAGCAAGUAUUGACUCAUAGAAAAACCACUACAACUAUCUUGAUCAAAUAUUGAAAGUAAUGUGCAACAGUGUCCAUGGACCAAACCAGGUCUCUGCCAUGUUGGACAAGUAAUAUCAAACUAACAGUAAAGAAACAUAUUUACAUAAACUGUGUAAUAUUAUUAUUUUUUUUCAUCUGAAAUGAAACCCGACUACACAUUUUAUCUUUUAGCUUAUUAUGCUCAUAUAAGCUCAUAAUGGUUCCAGUGAUUGCUGAAAAAAUGAGUAGUGAGAGUGAAAUAUGUUCAUUGUUAAUGCAGACAUUUACAUAGACUUCAGGUUUGAGAAAGAACAUGUGAUGAUCUUAUUAAUGGCUUUUCAAGCCUUUUGAUAGGUUGAGUCACACUAUUUAAGUUAAUGAGGAAUGUGGAAGUAUUUCAAGGCUAUAUCUCAAUAAAAAUACAGCUUGACAUUAAGAGUUGUGCAGAUGUGCACAGGUCCUCUUCUCUAUCUUGGAUACAGUUUCAAGAUGCCUGACUGCAUUGCUUUAUUGUGUUUAGUAAUUAAAGUAAUUAGUAAUUUUAAAAAGUAAUUAAACAGAAUAAUGAAAUUACUCUGUUGAAGUAAUUAUAUGCAAGUAUAACCAGAGUGGAAUUAUUCAGCUAUCAUACCUCUCAUAAGUACGUGUGUGUGUGUG